AUGACUUCAAUAAAAGCGUCCUUAACAAAUAUUCGGUCCCGGAUAUCGAAGCUCUUUGGGUCACCUUCUCACUUCGCAUCAUUGGAGCGUGUGAACUCAUACCCUGUCGCAGAAGAACCAGACUAUUACAAAGCCGGGGGUUUCCAUCCCAUUUCCCUAGGUGACACCCUCGGUUCUGGUCAAUACACUGUCCUGAGGAAAUUGGGAUAUGGGCAGUAUUCCACAGUUUGGCUUGCUAGGGAUUAUAAACAUCAGAGAUUCGUGGCACUUAAGGUACUGAGGGCGGACUGUUACGGCGGGUCUCAUGAUAUCUUCGAGAGAGAAAUCCUACUGAAAAUCCUGGAGAUCUCUGGGAAAAGCUCUCACGAAGGUCGCAACUAUGUGUCAGGCCUUCUGGACCAUUUCAAACAAAAAGGGCCUAAUGGACAUCAUGUGUGUUUUGCAUUCGACGUACUUGGCCAUCAUCUAGAUUUUCAGGCUGCCAAAUACGAAGAUGGGAAACUGCCCGUCAAGGCGGUGAAAAUAAUUUCACGGCAGCUUCUGCUUGGGCUCGAUUUCCUUCACAGAGAGUGUGGCAUCAUACAUACAGACUUAAAACCAACGAAUAUCCUUCUCGAGCUGGAAAAUCCGAACGAUGCCGUUGCCCAGUACUUGUCGGCAGUUCCCCCGCGGACCGAUCUUCGACGUGGUGUAACAACACCACUCCGGGAGGUUAUCUCGACACCGCUCAUCUCGGAAAUGCAAAAGCCUCAUGCCAGGAUCAUCGACUUUGGCGUGGCGUCUUGGAGGGAAAAACAUCUGUCAGACCUAAUCCAGUCGCCCGCUAUGAGGGCGCCUGAGGUGACUAUCGGCGCUCCUUGGGACAUUGGAGUCGAUAUAUGGAGUCUCGGAUGCCUUAUCUUGGAGUUUGUUCAAGGAAUAAUUCCUUUCUCCGGGGAAGCAUCGAGAAGUGGGUCAUGGACUGCUGAAGACGAUCACCUGGCAAGGAUUAUGGAGGUCCUUGGCCCGUUCCCACUUCAGUUUAUUAAAAGGGGGAAUCGCGCACCGCACUUUUUUGACGAAGAAGGCAAUCUUCGUCGAAUUCCGAACUUAAAACCCACGAGCCUUGAACAUCUGAUAAACAGCACAACAAAACCUUUCCUGAAACCUCGCGAUAUGGCCGAUGCUGAAGUCCCUGUGUUCGUCGAUUUCCUUAGAUCCAUGCUUGCAAUUGAUCCCGAGUCUCGAAAAUCGGCGGCAGAACUACUGCAACACGAAUGGAUUAAUCUGUAG